AUGUCUCAUAAUGAUACCUUUCAUGAGCGCACCAAGCAUAUUGAGAUCGACUGUCACUUCAUUCUACAGCGUGUUGCGCAUGAGACUGUGAAGCUUUUUUCCGUCUCCUCUACGGAUCAACCAGUGGAUGUCUUCACGAAGUCUCUCCUCACUGGGCCUGAUAUAGCUUAUGUUGUUCAUAUUGUGAGUCAGUUUAUGGCUGCUCUGAGAAUCACGCAUCAUUCUGUUGUGUUGCACAAUCUUCGCUAUGUGAAGGGCAUCCUGCUGCAUAAACCAGGUUUACGCUUUUCAGCAAGUUUUCUUUGA